GUACCAACAGUAUCUAAUUCUCACUAUGAAUCACUGUGUGCUGGUGUUUAUAAUGAGUCGGAUGGAAGCAGCCUCAAGUGUAAACUAAAAAUUGGAAGCAAAACAAUGAACAUUCUGGUGACUAUAUCUAUCCGUGUGAGCGCUAAAAAACCUGUUAACAUUGGUCCAGAAACUUCAACAACCUCGUACCUUAUACGUUCAAAAGCAGUCAGAAUAUUUCAUUGUGUGGAUGAGGUACAUCAAUUUAUUGAAAUAAUGUGUGAUCCAUAG